UGACAACUGGUCCUAGGUAUAUGAUAUUUGAACAAAGACACAAUGGAACACAGAUAGAGGAAGGAGUAUGGAACAAUUUAACUGACCCAACAAUGAAAGGAAUACAUCAAGCGUGUGGUGCAGCUUACACAGUUGACGGAAUACCUGGUGAGAGCAGAUGUGCCGUACUAAUGGUGAAUGACUUAAAUGAAUGUCUAUCCAAUCCUUGUAACCGUGAGCCUGGAGGGAUCUGUGACAACCUGUUUGAUUACUACACGUGCACAUACCCGGGUGAUCCAACAUAUGAUGGCAGUAAAUGGACCGGGCCAUGUGAGCCAGAGAGAAUUGUCGGAAAAGCAGACGACAACUUAGGAGUAAAGGUUGGCUUACCUGUUGGACUGUCGCUACUUCUGCUGCUUAUUGUUGUCGGGGUGACGAUGUAUCUGAAGAGAUACUGGACGGAAAAACUGAAGAACUCGGUAGUGGAACCGGAAACACCGAAAGUCAAUGGAGAAAAUAAGGGGAUUAUAGAGAAAGAGGCUAGUACUGAUUGGACGUAGUGAAAAUAUGACGAUAUAAAACUGUAAAUAUCAAAACAAAUAUUUUUCAAAAUGACGUCUGUAUAUUCAAGAGUUGUCUUGAUGUUAAAAUAAAAGAAAUACAAUAAAAUGUACAAAUAGAUACUUGUAAAAAUGUUAAUUAUGAAAUGGUAUUAAGAUUACAUAUGCACAGAUCAUUUUAAGAUUAACUGCAAUAAGUCAGUCAGUAUUCACUUGUAGGAUAUCUGUAAAGACGAUUUCUAGUAUUUUUCUUUGGUGUUAUUUAUAACGAAACUUUGUUAGGUAGACCUUGGACAAAUAAAUUGUUUCUGCUGUUGAAGCGGAAUUUUUAGUUCGACUCGAACUAAUAUAAUCAUAUCAUACGUUG